AUCCUUUUGGCAUCAGAUGAAUACCUCUUAACUGCAUUAUGAUUGUAUUAUUUCUAACCAGAUAAAUGAAGACAUGCACUCUGCUAAUGCAGAUGAAUUAUGGGAAAAGUCACAUGGACUACCAAUUUGGAGGAAAAUCUGUUUUGCAAUUGGUGGAAUCCCAUAUCAAAUUACAAGCACCGUGCUAGGAUUUUUCAUGAGUAUAUUUCUCCUAGAGGUGGCUCAGGUUCAGCCUGCCUAUGUGUCUGUCAUUGUUUUUGGCGGGAAACUCUGGUAUGCCAUGACUGAUCCCAUCUGUGGAUACCUUGUUAACAGGACUAAACCAACCUCAUGGGGCAUAUACAGACCAUGGAUUUUGCUUACGACCCCCUUUGCCUGUGUGACCUAUUUUUGUUUCUGGGCUGUCCCAGACUACAGUGAGGAGGGCAAACUGGUGUGGUACCUGACAUUCUACUGUCUGUUUCAGGGGUUCCUCUCUGGGGUCCAUGUGCCGUACACAUCCAUGACUAUGAGUAUCAGUACCAGUCAGCAAGACAGAGACUCAAUAACAACUUACAGAAUGGUUGCUGAAGCUGGGGUUAUGACUGGGGUGAUCAUUCAAGGUCAUUACAUCAAAAAGCAUAGAACAGCUGGAGCAUGCAAUAAAUUAUCUGGGCCCUUAAAUUCUACAGUGUCAACAAACGACAAUUUAAUAGAGCAGAUAAAUUCAUACCAUGAUGCAUCUGUGACUAUAGUUAGUCUUUAUAUUGCCUGCAUCCUUGUUUGUUUCUAUGGUACAAAGGAACACAAAGUCAAGCAAGUGAUGUCAGGAGAUGGUUUCUUUAAAGGAUUACGGAAAGUAUUGUUCUUCCGACCCUAUCUGAAGUUAUCCAUGUCUGUUUUAUUUUUGUCUGUAGCAAUCUCAAUUACUCAAGGAAACUUGGCUCUAUUCUGUACAUACUCACUUGGCAUGGGCAAAUAUUUCUCCACAUUCAUCACCAUCAUCAUGGCCUCCACAAUCUGUAGUCUACCUGUCUGGCAUUUUAUACAAAUGAAAAUUGGCAAGAAGAGAACCUUUGCCGCUGGAAUGUUGAUGUUCAUCCCUGUUUUGCUGUCACAGCUUUUCCUUCGUGACAGCUUUCUUGUUUACACUAUUAUACUGGUCUUCGCUGGAUUAAGCAUUGCAGUCUCACUUCUUCUACCAUGGUCUAUGCUUCCUGAUGUUAUAGACGAGUUUUAUCUCACACACGGAGAACACAAGGAUGCCAUUUUCUAUUCCUUUUACGUUUUCCUCAACAAACUGGCUACAGGACUAGCAGUGGCCUCUUCUCAGUUUGCUUUAAAGUAUGGUGGAUACCGAGUUGGAGACUGUGAACAACCCCCUGGUGUGGGACUUGCCCUGAGGUAUCUAAUGAUACCGGGCCCCAUUAUAGCUGUGGUGAUUGCUUUAGUGUUCCUCGCUCAGUAUCCAAUCAGAGAUAAGAGAGAUCGACUCAGAUGACAGGAAAUAGUCCGAAAUACCAGUUAAAUAUUCAUUCAAAGUAACUCAGCUCAAUUAGUCUUAAUACUGAUAAUACAGCUGAUAUCAACUCCAGAUUUACUGAAAUAGUCACUGUAAAAAUUUAAGAUGAUUACAAGAAACUGUAUCAUACAGA